CAUUACCAGGUGAUAUCAUUGGAAGCGUAGCGCUAGGCGAACCAAGAAGUAUGGAAACGACUUCGUUACUCCGCGAGGAACUCUAAGCUAGUGACAGGAGCCUACAGCUAUGCAUAUUAAAAGUAUCGUUUAUUCUAGAUGUCUCAUCUAGGAUCCUAACACUAUUUUAUAUAGUCAACUUUGGUUUAUUGAGAGCCUUCCAUUUUACCCAGCCAGUGGGGGUGUGUAUUUCAACACAGCUAUAUAGGUCAAUCAUAACUGCUAUGAGUUUGGACAGAUAUUGUAUUAGAAAUCUCGGUCGAAUAAGCCUACGGUCCCGGUAUUUAGCUUAUAAUUGGCGGUUUUUAAAACACGGAUUUCCGCCCGUGAUUACGAAUCAUAGUCGCUUUACCUUGAUAUAAAUAUGCUGGAUCGGAAUUGGGGUAAGGGAUUCGGUGAUAAGGAUUUCCACAGCUUCAAGCUACAACGAUGUUGGACCCAGGUUGUAUCUCGCCAAUAGGGUGGGAAUAGGCAGAUUUCAGGUGUGGUGUGUUCGUUCAUGGGCAUACAAACCGUAAUGGUCAUGUGGAAAAGGGGAAGCGCAAACUGGGUAGGUCGGCCCCUCGUGUUCCAGACAUUAUCGUAUCUCCGUCCCGUCAUUGAAUAAUCUCCAAACAGAUAUGUUGAUCCAAAUGUGGACGUGAAGGGACGACCAAGAACGCCCAGAGGGCACUCGAAAGGCAAAUGAUGAGAUGGCCGAAGCUAUUAGGAAGAACUCCAGUCGCUUGGGUGGCUUCGCUGCCUUUCCUAUGGCGCACCCGCGAGCUGCAGCUGCAGAGCUAGAACGAACAGUGAAGGAGUUGGGAUUUUUCGGUGCCAUGAUUGAUGGCCAUCUAGGGGACAUGACUCGCCAUGACAAUGAGAGAUUCUGGCCUGUUUUUGAGACAGCUGAACGUCUCAAUGUGCCCAUCUAUAUUCAUCCAGCACUACCCCCAGAGUUUGUGCAGAAAGGGCUUUAUAACGGCAACUACUCCCCUGUCAUUGCGCAAGGGCUGGUAACGGGCAGAUGGGGUUGGCAUCAGGACGUCGGGAUCCACGUUCUCAAACUCUACUUCGCAGGUCUAUUCGCCCGAUUUUCCCGGUUAAAGAUUAUAAUCGGGCAUAUGGGCGAGUUGCUCCCCAUAAUGAUCGAAAGGGUGGAUUCGAUCGGUUUCUAUGAAAAGAACGGGUUGGAACCAUUCCGUGACGUCUGGGACAGGAAUAUAUGGGUAACUUCGAGCGGGAUAUUCAGCAUUAGAACUCUGGAAAUGGUCUUGAAGACAACAAGGAAGGACCGAAUCUUAUAUAAUAUCAACACACCAUUCGGUAAGAGUAUUGAGGGGUGAAAGUAUCUCCAGAAGCUAGCAGAAGAGAGUUCGCUCUCGAACGAAGAAUUGGACAUGUUUGCGUUUGGAAAUGCUAAAAAGUUGUUCAGACUUGACUUGGAUGGAGCUCAAGCAAUUCUGAGUACACAAUUCCAACCAAGUAUUCAAUGGCUAUAAC